AUGCCGACUGCUACCUCCUCGAAGCACGACAUUGUCGUGGUCGGCGCAGGCAUCGUUGGCUCCGCGCUCGCCUACUCGCUCGGCAAGUCGGGUCGCAAAGUGGCCCUUCUCGAGCGUGACUUUGACGAGCCGGACCGCAUUGUCGGCGAGCUCCUGCAGCCCGGCGGUGUGCGCGCCCUCUCCAAGAUGGGCAUCGUCGACACGCUCGACGAUAUCGACGCUGUACCCGUCGAAGGCUACCACGUCUUCUACGGUCCUCGCUCCGUACCCAUCCCUUAUCCGCAGGAGAAGUCGGACGACGCCGGCAGGGGCAUCGCCAGCAGCAGCGGCAAGGUCGAAGGUCGCAGUUUCCACCACGGCAAGUUUGUUCAGUCAUUACGCAAGAAGGCGCUCGCGCAGAAGAACGUCACGCCGUACGAAGCGACCGUGCGCGACCUGAUCAAGGACACUGCCGGCAAAGUCGUUGGCAUCAGCGCCACAUGGAAGAAGGCACCCGAGGGCGAGGCCGAAGCCUUCGAGCUCCGCGCCCCACUCACCAUCGUCGCCGACGGCUGUUUCUCGAAGUUUCGUCGCACCCAUGGCAGCUCGAUUCAGCCCAUGGUGCGAUCCAACUUUGUCGGUCUCGAACUCGAAGAUGCGCCUCUGCCCGCACCGCACCACGGUCACGUCGUGCUGUCCAAGAACGGACCAGUGCUGCUCUAUCAGAUCGGCACGCACUCGACGCGCAUCCUCAUCGACGUCGCUGGCGAGAAGUUGCCGUCCGUUGCCAAGGGCGACCUGCAGAAGCACGUCAACGAGAACGUCAUCCCUCAGCUGCCCGAGCAGCUGCGCGAGUGCGUCGCACGCGAGAUGGCCAAGGGCCAACGAUUGCGUAGCAUGCCCAACUCUUUCUUGCCGCCGAGCAUGCAGGGGCAGUCCGACCAGGCGCAGGGCGUGAUUGUGGUGGGCGACGCGAUGAACAUGCGUCACCCGCUGACGGGCGGUGGAAUGACGGUUGGGCUGUGGGACGCUGUGCACCUUACGGAAGCCUUGGGUGGGUCGGAGUGGGCGCCCCUCUCCGCGGCUGGAUUGCGAACACCCCUGGAUCUCAACAACUGGUCCGCCAUUCGACCCGCACUGCGAUCCUGGCAUUGGAGUCGAAAGGGCCUUGCGUCGGUGAUCAACAUCCUCGCCCAGGCGCUGUACAGCCUGUUCGGCGCCGACGACGCCAAUCUGGAAGUGCUGCGCGAAGGCUGCUUCAAGUACUUUGAGAUGGGCGGCGAGUGCGUCAACGGUCCUGUGUCGUUGCUGUCCGGUUUGGCACCGAGACCGAUGUUGUUGGUGGGCCAUUUCUUUGCUGUUGCGCUGUAUAGCAUUUGGGCACUGUUCAUGCACCCCAAGUGGUACGAAAGCGAACAGAGGAGUCGGAAGCCAGGGGUGCUGGAGUACCCAGGGUUGGUGUGGAGGUCGGUGAUGGUGUUUUAUACCGCUUGUGUGGUGUUGUUGCCAGUGGUGUUUACGGAGAUGAAGAGCAAUAUUCCGCGUCUCACGGCAGCGACAUCGACGAGAAAGGGCAAGGGGUCACAUGGUGGGUUUGUCACGGACAACUUUGCGCUGGUCAGCGCAUCGUUGUUGUUGAUCGGCACGGUGAUGCUGUGGGGCAACACGAGGGACCCGGCUACGGCGAGGACGUUGAGUAGUUGGAUGGUCUUUCCCAAAGUAGCUGCCCAGCCGAUUUGA